AGAUAGAAUAAGAACAUGCUUAUAGUAGCGUAUGGGUUCCGCUACUGUGCGCCAUUCAGACGCAACUUGCUAAAUUACGCCACUCUUCUCCACUCGACUUCUCAUCUCUCCUCUCGAUUUCACUACUCCCGAGACUCUCUCUCACGGAUGGAGCAUCACCGCCCUUCAUUUUCAAGUCACUUGGGGUUGGCCAAAACGGCUUUCGUAUUGUAUUUGGUCAUCUUGAUUCAUGCCGCUGGCAGCACUACAGAAGAAAUUACUUGUGAUCCUGGCAAGUUGGGGGUGGCCAAGGCUACGUGUGAUCCUGAUCGUUACUUUUCUGGAAGUGGCAUCAAGAAGAACAGUGCAAUGGUGGGUAACUUGCAGCGUUUUGGUGUUAUAAGCUCGCAAAAAGUGGUCGAAGUGAUGCAGACUAUUGAUAGGGCUUUAUUUGUACCAAAUGGGGCCUCAGCUUAUGAUGACAGUCCCAUGGGCAUAGGCUAUAAUGUCACCAUUUCUGCACCGCAUAUGCAUGCCACAUGCCUUCAAUUGUUGGAAGAGCAUUUGAAGCCUGGAAUGCAUGCUUUAGAUGUUGGUUCAGGAACUGGGUAUUUAACAGCAUGUUUUGCUGUUAUGGUUGGACCACAAGGUCGUGCAGUUGGUGUAGAACACAUCCCUGAGCUCGUCUCAAGUUCCAUUGAGAAUAUUCAGAAAAGUGAAGCAGCUUCGUAUCUGAAAGAAGGAUCCCUUUCAGUGCAUGUUGCUGAUGGAAGGCUAGGGUGGCCAGAGCAUGCACCUUAUGAUGCCAUUCAUGUCGGAGCAGCUGCACCUGAGAUUCCUGGUCCCCUGAUCGAGCAGUUGAAGCCCGGAGGCAGGUUGGUGAUUCCAGUCGGGAAUCUUUUCCAGGAACUACAGGUUGUUGACAAGAACAUGGAUGGUUCAAUUACUGUCCGCAGCGAGACUUCUGUCCGAUAUGUUCCACUGACAAGUCGAGAAGCUCAGUUGAGAGGCAAUUAGCAAGCUUGUAACUUGUAAUAAAUGUGUUGUUCUCUGUAGAUAUCUUCAACAUGGUUGUGGUUCUGAAAGAAACUCAUUUCCUGUCUUAGCUUAUUUGAUAGUACUACCUAAUGUACCAAGUUGACAUUUUGCAAGAAGAUGAAAUGUAAUUAAAUAAAUUAGCAAAAGUAAUUAAAUAAAUUCAGCAACCUAUAUUAUAUA